AUGUCAACAAGUACUGAUUCUUGUGAAGUCUCUGGUUCAUGUGCCGCCGAUCCUCGAGGAGCUAUAGAGGCGUUGAACGAGCUACUAGGCUCUGCCUUCGUAUUGACCGAUGGAGCUAUGCCGCCAGUGUACAUGCCGCAAUAUACCUACAUCUCUCCAGCUGCAGUCGUGCGCCCUGCUAACGCUGAUGAUAUCAUCGGAAUCUUGGACAUUGCUCAGCAAUACAGAGUCCCUGUUGUGGUUAGAAGUUACGCUGGUCAUUCUUACGCCGGCCAGAGUACUGUCCAAGAUGGUAUCGUUAUUCUCAUGGAUAGGUUUUCGACAGUCGAGGUCCUUCCUGAGGGUUUCCUAGGGUCCACUUUCACUGCUGUGAUUGGUGCUGGUACCAGGCUUCUGGAUAUCUACACUGCUCUUAUGCAGCAUUCGCCGCCUUUGGGUGUCAGCGGUGGUAACUGUCCAUCUGUGUCUAUCUCGGGUGUCACCAUGGGUGGUGCUCAUGGCUAUUAUGGGACGAAGUACGGGACUCUUGCUGAUGCUGUAAUUGCUGCUGAUGUGAUCGUUAAAGACGGUGAUUCGUUCAAGCUGGUCAAAGCAACUCGAGACGGUGAUCACGAGGAUUUACUGAAGGCUCUACGUGGUGGCAUGGGUGGUAACUAUGGUGUUGUAGUGAACUGGUAUAUAGAAACCUUCCGCGCGAGUGAUUCGGUGCAUAUCUUCCGUCACAAGGUUGAUCGUGGCGACAAGAGUAAAGAUGAGGUUAUUGCUAAGACUCGCGCAUUCGAGGUGGCUACGGUCAAUCAACCCGGUGAUGGUUUAUGGAGUAAGUUUAAAGUCAAGGGGGGAUUCGACAUGAACUUUGAAGGGAUGUGCAUGUGCGAGCCCAGUUCUAACGACUGCUCCCUCUGUGAUGUCACAAUGGCCAGCAUUGAUUCCGCUUUGGACAAGGACAACUGGGUCACCAAACCCUCGGAGCUCACUACUGAUCACGGCUAUGCAACGUGGUCUUGGGCUGGUUGCACUACAUGGGCUGAUCCUGGCACUCCUCCCGAUGCUGACUACCCCGGUCCGAAUGGUGACUUUGGAUCAGCUAAACAAGGCUGUUAUGACUAUGAUUGGUCGUUGAGUGUUGACUCCCCCUGGAAAAGCAUAUCUGUCUACAUCAAGCACAGUGAUGCGACGGAUGCCUUUUGGGACACCGUAUGGGAUAUCGUCCACGAGCCCGAGUGCGAGAAUCGCAAUGUCUGUAUUUUGACCUUUGAAUAUUACGGUGGUAAAAUGCUCGAGGAGCCGCAAGAUUGUUCUGGCGGAGGUCCAUGCACUUCUUUUAUCCAUCGCCAUAAUGGUUGGAACAUCCAGAUCUCGUCACUAUAUUCCAAGGGCGACUCGAAUGGCGAACAAGUAUCCACUGCGUGGGUUGCCAAGGCGUUUGCUGCUAUCGAUGCCAAGAGUUCUCUCCACACCAGCUACCAGAACUAUCUCAGUAACCAAUGGACCACUGAUCCAUGGAAAGACCAGUAUUUCCCUGGCCAAGAUGUGCUCCCUGACCAUUGGAAGUAUCGUUACUUUGGUGACAAUAUUUACUCGAGACUACAACAAGUCAAAUGCCGAUAUAAUCCUGAUAAUUUAUUCGUAACUGAUGACACUGCUGAUAUUGUAGUGCAGCUUCCUGAUGACUGCUCUAUGUAG